CAACUAACACAUGGUCUGUUGCAGCAAAAGCUUCUCCAGUUGAAGCUCAAGGGCCGAGGCACCCAUCCUGGAACAGUGAUCCCCACACGAACACUGUGGAGAAACAUCCGUUGCCAAGAAGAGCUGUCCCGUCCGGUCUUUUCCACGUUCUGUACUUGGCAAUGCCAGCCUGGCAGGACAACUACAGCCUUGGGAUCUCAAGCCUUCCUGACUGUUUUCCUACAGAUGUAGUCGUUACACGUCAAGCUUGGCUAUGCACGAAGGUCAUCGCCGCAGAGUCAUGACAUCUGCUUAUGAAGUCCAGUGGGGGUUUAUUGAUACUGCGAGAACUGGUCCGGUCCCCCAUGCGAACACCUAUGCAGCGCAUAUAGAAGUUGCCACGACAUCAGAUCAACCUGGUAGUAAAUCCUCCUGCCAAAGGCGACCAGAAGGGGGCUACUCAGGCCCAUACCAUCUUGGUGACCUAGUAAGCAACGUGUACGAUGCUCUAGACCGAGCUGGUCUCCACCCUUGCAGGAACUCCCUGUGGGCUCAACUGCCCCUAGCUACAGACUCCAAGCUUAUCAGUGCUUGGCUCCGCAUCACGAAAGUUUCAAGUAGACUUCAAACGGCGGGAGAAGCUUGGCAACGAGGCUGCAGAGGCAAGUUUUGCCACGCCUGCCACGGGUAUGCUUGCAUGGUCUUGAGGCUCUUGGCAUGGCUUCACAGAAGUUUCAACCUCACCCCAAACAGCCGCACGGCCUUGGCGGGGUCAGGCUAGUGGAGCACACACAUCAAGGCUUCCUGUACAUGUUGCAGUGUAUAUAAGAUCUUGAAGGAUGCACUCUUUCAGUUCUCCAGUCCGGUCACUCCAUUCACUUCUAAUCCUCUAUU